GUCCAAGGUGACUCAGCUGAACAAGGGGCGGUACCACCUUUCCCAGAGAAGGAACCAACUGAGACAAAGCACCACUAUCCAGGGAGGUAAACAGACUCUCUGAGCAGAAGCCAGAAGACCUAAACCAGCAGUGGCCUGCAGGACUAGCUAUGUCUGCUCUGUACCCAUCUCUGGAGGACCUAAAGGUGGACCAAGUCAUUCAAGUCCAGGCCAGAACCUCACCCAGGAUGCCCACCCUGCCCAUCCAGGAACAGGCUUUUUCCCCACCUUCAGUUCUGUACCCAAACCUGGCAGAACUGGACAGCUAUAUGGGUCUUUCUCUCUCCAGCCAAGAAGUCCAGCAGAGCCUGCCUCAGAUUCCAGAAGGUGACAGUAAGGCAAUCUCUGGUCCUUGGACUGGCCAGAUGGUGGCACCGGUGACCGGGAACAACCUGGGCAUGCGUCGUGCAGAGAUCAAGCCUGGAGUGCGUGAGAUCCACCUGUGCAAGGACGAGCGUGGCAAGAUGGGGCUGCGGCUGCGGGCCAUCGACCAGGGGAUCUUUGUGCAGCUGGUCCAGGCCAACACCCCCGCAUCCCUGGUAGGGCUGCGCUUUGGUGACCAGGUCCUGCAGAUUGAUGGGCAUGACUGUGCCGGGUGGAGCACAGACAAAGCCCACCGGGUGCUGAAGAAGGCAUCAGCGGAGAAGAUCAUCAUGGUCAUUCGGGACAGGCCAUUUCAGCGGACAGUCACAAUGCACAAGGACAGUUUGGGCCAUGUCGGCUUCUUCAUCAAGAAGGGGAAGAUUGUAUCUGUGGUCAAAGGGAGCUCUGCAGCCCGGAACGGGCUCCUCACCAGCCACUAUGUCUGUGAGGUGAAUGGGCAGAAUGUCAUCGGACUAAAGGACAAAGCAAUCAUGGAGAUUUUGGCAACAUCUGGAGAUGUCAUCACUCUGACCAUCAUUCCCACUGUGAUCUACGAGCACAUGGUGAAAAAGUUGUCACCAUUGCUGCUCCACCAUACCAUGGACCACUCCAUCCCAGAUGUCUGAAGCCACAGGAGUGCAUGACAGGCCUCUUGCAGAGAAAAGCAGUGGUCUCAGAUGACAGGUUGCAGCUGGCCUGUUGCCUGGGUUGGGUGUCUUGUGGCUGUUCCACGUGGGUGGAUACGGGCUGGCAGGAAUCUGUCAUCUAUGGCCACAGGCCUCCUUGCAGCCUCAGACCCUGAACAGGGCUGAGGCUCAGACAGGGCCCACAGGCCACUGACUGAAAUGCUAGGUAUGUAGAUAGGCCAGCCAAAAUGCUGCUUCGACUUCAGCUGGGUCAUUUUAAAAUUUGGCCUCUACCAGGAAAAUCACUAUACAUUUUGAGAGAACCGAACUUCAUUCUUUGCAGGGAUGUUUUCUUUGUCUUUAACUUGUCCCUUGUCACAGAUUGUAUAUAGAUUAUAUAGUUAUGAUUGUUUACUGUCUUUUGAAUAAAGACUUGAUUUUAAACACAA